GCAUGAUUUCGUUCCCCACCGCAGGAUGCGAAGACUUUGCUCCUCCACGCACGCAGACUUCGCUACUUCGCUUCUCCUCCUCCCCAUGUGUACUGAAGCCACAUCCUCGCCGGAGCUCUGUCGCCGCUCCGCCGCAUCCUCGCCGGAGACGCCGCCGCCGGAUCCUGCUUCUUCUCCACCGCCGCGGCAACCUCAACCCCAUCCGCCGCCGCCUCCUUCUUCCCCACCGCCGCGGCCGGCCUCUUCCCCAUCGGCCACAGCCGGAGCCGACGUCCUCCCCAUCCGCCGCUACCGCAGUCCCUGUCGCCAUCGUCGACGUUGUCUCUGCUGCCUCGCUCCGCUGCCCAUCUCCUGUCAUGCAGCUGUACUUGGCCAAUGUGCCUAUACCCUAGGUGCUGAACAAUAGGAGGGAAUCUGAACAUCGUUGAGACGUACAGGUAAUCAGACUCUAUCUUGCAGCUUCGAUUCAUCAUUUAAUUAUACAAUUUGAUGGUCUUUCUUUGUUGACUGCCAAACAAUUCCCCUUCAGCUCACUGCCAUCCUCCUCUCCAUCUGCUGUGUGGUUUGUGUAAAGCAUCACCAUUCUAUACAUCACUGUGCUUAUUAUGAGCUUGGCUAUGCAAUAUAUGGAUUGGCCAUUCAAAUAUCAAUGUUUUUGUUCUUGGAUUUGCAAUGCUUACGAAAUUACUCUCUGAAAUUGUGCUUGCAAUGGGCCUUGUAUUUCUUUUCCCACGAUGUGGGUAGUAUGGAUUUUUUUUUCUGUUUGUCCUCCAUAUAUGUCAGCUCUAAAAAUGGACAGUAUGAACUUAAUUUAGUAGUUCAGGCCAUAGAAUAUACUAACAGACUGCCUAUGUUUUGAUUUCCAUUUGUCUUAACGUUUUUAGUUUCAGCAGUGCAAGGUUAUAAUUGCUUCAUGGUUCUCCUCUCUUUGUUUUUAGCAAAAUUAAUAUGAACUGCACAUACAUCACUGUGCUAAUAUUCCGUACAGAUUCAGGCGUGAUGCUAUACUGUUGUGCAGGAAGAAGCUUCACAAUUUCACACAAGGGAUUUAGUUGGUAGCAGCUCACACACUCCCUUCGAGCAAAUAUUGUUUUCAAGUACUUAUCUCAUUUAACUUAAUAAGUUGCUUGAUUAUUGGGAGCAACUCACACACUCCCUUCGAGUAAAUAUUGUUUUCAGUUACAAUACUAUCGAUGAUUCUUUUAUUCUACAAGAAAUGUGAAUUAUGGACCAUUAUACUACCUUGGUAAAUAUUUUUGUUCCAGUUUGAAGCUGAAAAAAUUGUUUCCGGUUGUUCUUAUUAACGUGGUUCAAAUUGAUUCUUAGAAAAUGAAAAGUCCUCAGUAGGUCUUGUUAUUCUGUAACAUGUAGGUCCUAAUUGAUGCUUACGAAAUGUGGAUUUGGGAUUUUGUUAUAGCGAGCGGACUGUCAUCAAUAUUAACGAGAACCUGUUGCAUAUUAAAACUGCUUUUAUAUGCUCAUGGUGUGUUCUUCAAGGUUGUACAUCCUUGCGAUGGACGGCGUUCCUAAACUAACUGUGAAGGAAUUAAAAAGUCAGCAAGCCUGAGAGCGGUACACGGCACUCAGCGUUGAGGAGAAGGCUGCGCUGGUUCAAAGGAACCGUGAAAACAGGGAGAGGAAGAAUUCUGCAUCUAUAUCGGGCACAGUUUUGAAUCAGAGUUUGCAUGAAGGAAGCCAAACUGUAAAUUGUCAGCCAUCAUUUCAGCCAGUGCCAUCCUCCACACCUAUGUCUUCCUCCACACCUGGAAAGCAUCGUUUCUGGCCAACGGAUCACUGGAGCGCCGCGGACACAAGGCACUGUUUACUCCCAAUCCGUCCCCCCUAUAAAGCUAGCCUCAAUCCCACUACUUCGAUGUUGCCCUGUAGACCAUUAUGCAAAUUUUCCAAACAGUGUUAGAAAGGUCACAUUGAUGGAUUCCAAAGGUGAGAAACUCCAUGUUCAAAGAACCAGUCCUGCAUGAUGCCAUUAAGAUUGGUGUGAACUUUAGGAACCAAGAGCUACUGCAACCGGCAGAACAAAAUAAUGCUCCAAGAAAACCAGAAGUGGUGAUAGUUGAAGAUAAUGAAGUGGUGAUUGAGCCAUUGCCAAAAAAGAAGUGCACUGGCAACAAGGGAUAAACUAUCCCUCUAGGAGUUGAAGUCAUUGACAUUACCUCUGCAUAUUGGCUUAUGCAUAUCUCUGCACAUUGGCUGAAGAUCAUAUUUAUUUUUUAGCAAAUUCUUGUAUCUAAUAUGAAAAUCAGAAUGCAUAUAUGCAUGCACUUUAUGAAAAUUGUGCAGAUUGUGCAUAAGUCAGCGGGGAAUCGUUAGAGCUUCAAGUGUGAUUGAAGCAGAUCCUCUUUCUUAUGAUCUAUUUCCUAUUUACCUAUUCUUCUUUCAGAUUAUUAGGUUAUAAUAUAUUGGGUUUAAUUUAUAUAUUGAACAUAACGUGCCUUGCACGUGUAUGAUUACUAGUAUUAGUACAACAUGAACGGUUUCCUUUAUGCAAAAUCAGUGCGAGAGAAACAUGGCAAGCAGUGGCGCCGGGAGAGACGAGAGGUGGAUCCUCGCCGGCGCCACCGCGCUAGUCACCGGCCGCAGCAAAGGCAUCGGCCGCGCCAUCGUGGAGGAGCUCGUUGGGUUCGGCUCGACGGUGCACACCUGCGCCCGUAGCGAGGCGGAGCUGAGCAGAUGCCAGGAGGAAUUGACGGCCAAGGGCCUCGCCGUCUCCUUCUCUGUCUGCGACGUGUCGGUGCGCACUGACAGGGAGGAGCUCGUCAGCAGGGUGCGCGAGCUCUUCGGCGGCAAACUCAAUAUCCUUGUGAACAACGCGGGGCUGACCUUGUCGAAGUUAACCCUGGAGACAACCACAAGUGACUACACACAACAGAUUGUGGCCAACUUCGAGUCGUGCUUCCACUUAAGCCAGCUCCUACAUCCUCUGCUUAAGGCGUUCGAAAGGGGCAGCAUCAUCAACAUCUCCUCCAUAUCUUCAUACCUCGCGUACCCUUAUCUUGCCGUAUAUUCAGCUGCGAAAGGAGCAAUGAAUCAAUUCUCGAAGGCCCUAGCUUCAGAUUGGGCUGGCGACAACAUCCGCAUCAACUGUGUUGCCCCAGGCCUCACCAGGACGCCACUCCUUGAGGAGGCAUUUGCUAGAUUUGUGGUUUUGUUUUUGUGUUUGAAGCGCCGAUCUGGUGAUUUCUUCUAAGGUUGAUGUGAUGGAAAAAGUUGGAAAUUUGGAGGAAAAGUUUGGAACUAAACGCAGCCGAGCCAGGAGUUCAAUCUGGUUACUGCAGUUAGAAUCAAAUGAAGCAAUCCAGUGAACAAAGAGGAGCUAGCUCAAUGUCAGGAGGAGCUUGGCUGUUUGAAACAAUCGGGGGAUGCAAGGGGUGGAUUCAUAAGGUCGAGUUGUUUCAAAUCUGUUGACAAAAAAAUGCCGCACAAAAUCGUUAGGUGAAAUUGAUGUUCUGAUUAAUUUUCAAGUUCCCAUAUCAGUUAGUUUUGAAUUGGAGAAAUUCAGAAAUUUAAAGUUACUUCAUGUUUGAUAUCUGAAUUAUCACUGCAGUACUCUAGCUCUGAAUCUUGAAGCUGUCAUGUUGUCUAAAAUUUAACAAAUUUUAAAAUUGUCAUGGUGUUCUGACACUUGAAUUAUCACUGCAGUAUUCUAUUUAUUAGACUUGAAGUUGUAUAAUUGUAAAAUUCAACCUAUUUUUCUGCAUUACUGAAUCUGAAUUUAUUUUUUUUGCCUUCAGUUACAUGGUUGUAACAUUGUAAUUACAGUAUUUUUCUACGUAAAUAUAGUACAAAUGAACUAUAAUUUUUUGUGUAUACUAGGAUGAAAGUAGGAAUUAACUGUGCUAACUUUGUGCUAUUUGGUCAUAUGUUAAGACUCCUCUUUUGACCUGUUCUAUAUAAUUUUUAACUCCUUUGAACAAUCAAUCAAUCAUUUUUAACUUUCAAGUUAUUAUUUUGCGUUUGAUUUAAUUUUUAUAUAAUGAAACAUAAUAAAAUACUUGGUAAUUUCUUGAUUGCUUUCAAUUCCUGUCCUUUUUUGGUUGAAUCUGUAAGGAACCCAAAAUUGAAAUUGUAGAACAUUAGUGCAAAAAUCAUAACUGAAUCAGAAUAUUUCUGUACACUUAAAAUAAUUUGAAGAUCCAAAUUUCUAUUUAUGCAUGUAGAUUUUAAAUUGAAAAUUAUGAUCCAGAUUAAGAUAAAUCUAUACAGAAUAACAUUUUUUACUUUUUACCUGAAUUUGAUUGUUUCAGGAUGAAAAGCUUUUGAAGUUUUAAAGAUUACAGUUGAAGAAUAUCUUACCUCUUGAUGUAUUUCCUGAUUGGAAUUGCUUUUCAUCACCCAUCUUUAGAACAUUUGAUGUUUUCAAAUUCUUCUCUUUUAAUCUUGAAUAUAAAAGCAUUUCAAUUAAAUAUGUACAGAUUUUGCACUAGUAAUCAUAAUCAUAAUUAAAAUCGUGGCUCCAUUUACAUGAUUUUAAUAUUGAAAUUACAGUAUUUUUUCUAUGUAAAUAUAGUAGAAAUGCACUGUAAUUUUUGUGCGUGUGUACUAGGAAGGGAUUAGGAACUAAUUGUGCAAACUUUGUGCUAUUUUGUGACAAUUUAACAAUAUUUGUGGAUUAUUCUAUAUGAUUAGUUUGAAUUUGUAACUUCGUGAAUCUAAAUGCUUUCAAAUUUGAAAACUGCAUAGUAUUAGUGCAAGAAUCAAAGAAUAUUAUUCCAACAUUGAACAUGUAGUUUAUUUAUUUUCACACAAAUCAUCUAAUUUAUUUUUGUAGAUAAACUGGAGUAUAUUUUUGCUAUUAAUCUCACACGUCCAAUUUGCAAAUUUGCUCCAACAAACUGACAUGGCACAAACUUUGAAUUGAAGUUAUUUAUUUUUCUUGUUGGCAUAAUUGUUCCAUAGGAAUGGUUUCAAUAUUUUUUUGAUAUUUAGUUGCUCUGCAGUAAUAUGUCUCAAUUUUGAAUUACUGAUUGAGUUGUGAUCUUAAUUCUGAAUUUGUUGUUAAUUACUUUGGUCUGCAAUAAUAUGCAGUUCAAAAUUCAUAUGCCAUAAUGUUGUUCAACCUAAGAACACACAUGACAAUUGAAUCUUAAGAUAAUAUGGUCUGUGAUGUUUCUAUAAAGUCUUAAUUCUACAAGAUGUCAGUUACAUAUUUUUAGUAUUGAAAUUACAAUGUUUGUUUUAUGUAAUUCUUAUACAAAAUAACUGUAAUUUAAGAAAAAAAAUUGAAUGCUAUUGAAUCUUCUCAUUUUGUGAAGCAUUGUGCUUGAUUUGAAUGGUUUAUGGAAUCAAAUUUAAUAAUACAUGUGAGUAUUGAAAUUUGUACUAUGCAAUGAAAUGCAAAUUCAAAUUUAGAAUUCUUUGAAGAGCAAAAAAAGGAUUCUAAAGGUGUAUUUGAUAGAUGCCUAAGGAUGCUAGAUUGCAAUCUAAGAGUUUCCUGACAGUUGUCCUGUAGCUAGUCAAAAUGUUAGCUUAAGACAUUUGUCCUCUUUAUUGUGACUAUCUAUGUCUCUCACAUUGAUCAGCAAGUGAGUAAUGUAAAGAGAGUGGUGUAUUUGAUAUGUGUUGUUUUUGUUUUUUUUUUGCUAUCCGACCAUACUUUUGUUUACUCUCUAGGUGACUGAACAGAAGCUUGCCGUACUAUUAUCUAAUUUUAGACAAGUAAGUUAUGAUAUUAUUGAGGAGAUGUGUUACUUUAUGUUA